AUGUUGCGAGUGGUUCUCGAUUCUUAUCAGCUUCCUUCUUACCAGGCUGUACAUCGUUUUGAAAGUCCGUCGCUACAGUGCGACCAUGUUGAAGCAGUUAGGCAAUACGAGUUUCCGAUAGCGCAAGAGAGAACGUUCUUGCGCUCAUUUUACAGACUGGCCAACAAAACGCAGUUCGACGUCGAAAAGUACAACUCUCUGAAGACUAAGGCUGCACAGCUACAGCGGCGAUUGCAGAUGCUUGGAGCGCCGCAUGCCGAAACAGAAUGGCAGUUGCGAGAUUUUUCUGCCUGA